CGCGCGGAAGCCUUCUGAAGGCUGUGGCGCGCGGGCGGAUUGAAACUUUCGUGAUAUCGAGUAUAGUUUAGCUUCCUUCCACUUCUGUUUUAUUUGUUAUUAUAAUCAUUAUAAAAGUUGUGGUUAUUUUUUUCUGUUAUUGGAUUUUUAUGGCGUGGAUCUUAAUAACUACGCAUUAACGUUUUCAGGAUAGCGCAGAUACGAAACGAAGCUGAUUAACUGAAUCAUGAAAAUGAAUGGACCCAACUUGAUGACAUGGAGACGGCGUUCUGUCACCAUGGCAUGAGACAGAUAACACUAACAUGCGUCGAGGCCAGACCUGGUUAGGGACUGCGACUCUGCUUCUAAUACUGCAACACUCAGAAAUGAAACACGGCACCCACGUUGAAGAGCUCCAACUGAACCCCACCAUCAGGCACCACCACAGACAUAGACAUAAGGCUGAAUCGACCAUCGAACCACCAUUAGACUACAUAUUUGAUAGAUUCAACGUUCCUAUAGACGGUUAUAGAGAAAAGACGUUAUUCGAUAGAAAUAUAAUUAGUUACGAUAUAGUAGCACUUGAGGAGAGACAGAAUGAUUGGUUCAAUACAUCCAAAGAGUGGGCGGAGUUAAAAGAGAAGAAACAUCAGCACUGGCCGAUUAAAAGGGAAGCGGUGAUCGAAGGAGACUUGGUUUUAGGUGGUUUGAUGAUGGUGCACGAAAGAUCAGAUAACAUGACGUGUGGGCCCGUAAUGCCGCAAGGUGGCGUGCAGGCGUUGGAGACUAUGCUGUAUACGUUAGAUAUUAUAAAUAAUAAGCUGAAGUUGAUACCUGGAGUCAAAAUCGGUGCUCACAUCUUAGACGACUGCGACAGGGAUACAUAUGGAUUGGAAAUGGCUGUCGAUUUUAUUAAAGGUUCAAUCAGCAACAUCGACGACGCGGAGUACGCGUGCAAUGCGACAGCCGUCAGGAAGGUGAUAUCUGGCGUGGUGGGCGCAGCCUCUAGCGUCACAUCGGUGCAAGUCGCCAACCUGCUGAGACUUUUUAAGAUUCCUCAGGUGUCGUUCUUCUCCACUUCACCGGAACUGUCCAACAAGGCGCGGUUCGAGUACUUCACACGCACGAUACCUUCAGAUAUGCACCAGGUGCGUGCAAUGGUCAAAAUCGUGAUUAAACUGGGCUGGAGCUACGUGUCCAUCAUUUAUGAGGAGUCCAGUUACGGGAUCAAGGCAUUUGAAGAGUUGGAAGCGCUGCUAGCGCGGCACGGGAUCUGCAUCGCCGUGAAGGAGAAGUUGGUGAAGGACUCGGGCGUGGCCACGGAGGCCGCCUACGACGAGAUCGUGCAGAAGCUGCUCACCAAACCCAGGGCGAGGGGAGCCAUAAUCUUCGGAUCCGACCAAGAGGUGGCGGGAGUGAUGCGUGCGGUGGAGCGGCUCAACGCGACGGGCGCCUUCAGCUGGGUGGGGUCGGACGGCUGGAGCGCCAGGGCUCUGGUGUCGGACGGCAACGAGCGCGCCGUGGAGGGCACCAUCAGCGUGCAGCCGCAGGCCAACGACGUCCGGGGCUUCAAGGAGUACUUCCUGGGGCUUAACGUGAAGAACAAUACGAGGAACCCUUGGUUUGUUGAGUUCUGGGAAGACCACUUCCAGUGCCGCUACCCCGGCAGCCCGCGCACGCCGUACAACGGGCACUACAAGCGCGCGUGCUCCGGCGUGGAGCGGCUCGCCGACAACAACACGGAGUUCGAGGGCCAGCUGCAGUUCGUGUCCGACGCGGUCAUGGCCUUCGCUUACGCUAUCAGGGACAUGCACGGCGAGGUGUGCGGAGGCCGGCCCGGCCUGUGCGAGGCAAUGCGACCCGCUAGCGGCGCCGACCUGCUGCGAUAUCUGAGGAAAGUCAACUUUACUGGUCUCAGUGGCGACGAGUUCCGCUUCGACGCCAACGGCGACGGUCCAGCUCGCUACAACAUCCUGCACUUCAAGCAGGUCUCCCGCGGCGUGUACCACUGGGUGAAGGUCGGCCAGUACCUCGACACUGAACUGCAGCUCCAUCUGGAUGCGAUACAGUUCAAAUGGGGGGAGCGGCGUCCCCCGGAGUCGGUGUGCAGCGCGGAGUGCGAGCUGGGGCAGGCCAAGCAGUACGUGGAGGGGGAGAGCUGCUGCUGGCACUGCUUCAACUGCACGCAGUACGAGAUUCGUUCUCCCGAGCUGGAGACAGCGUGCCAGGUGUGUCCCUGGGGCACGCUGCCCGACGUCAGCAAGACUCACUGCCGCCCCAUCCCCGAAGCGUACCUGCGCCCGGACUCGGCCUGGGCCAUUGGCGCCAUGUCCUUCUCUUCUGUGGGGAUACUGCUCACAGCGUUUGUGUGCGGUGUGUGGGUCCGACACAGCUCGACGCCCGUGGUGCGAGCGAGCGGGCGGGAGCUGUCCUACGUCCUGCUGGCCGGCAUCCUCAUGUGCUACCUCGUCACCUUCGCGCUGGUGUUCCGACCCACGGACAUCUUGUGUUCCAUACAGAGGUUCGGCACCGGCUUCUGCUUCACCGUGGUGUAUGCGGCGCUGCUGACGAAGACCAACCGCAUCUCGCGCAUCUUCAACGCCAGCAAGCACUCCGCCAAGCGCCCCAUCCUCAUCUCCCCCAGCUCGCAGUUGGCGAUCUGUUCCGCGCUUGUGUCCAUUCAGGUCCUGAUAGUGGUGGUGUGGAUGAUAGUGGCGCCAGCGCGCGCCAUGUUCCACUACCCCACGCGCGAGGACAACAUGCUGGUGUGCGACUCGUACGUGGACGCGUCCUACACCAUCGCCUUCUUCUACCCGGUCGUGCUCAUCGUGGUGUGCACCGUGUACGCCGUGCUCACCAGGAAGAUCCCGGAGGCGUUCAACGAGAGCAAACACAUCGGGUUCACCAUGUACACUACGUGCGUCAUAUGGCUCGCCUUCGUGCCGUUGUAUUUCGGCACGGCGAGCCACGUGCCGCUGCGCAUCACCAGCAUGGCGGUCACCAUCUCCCUCAGCGCCAGCGUCACCCUCGUGUGCUUGUUCUCACCCAAGCUGUACAUCAUCCUGAUCCGGCCGGAGCGCAACGUGCGGCAGAGCAUCAUGCCGGUGCGCUACAGCCACAAGCCGCCCACCACGCUCACCCUGCCACACCCUGCCAACAGAAAACCACCAUGUGCCGACAAAGGGACUCAAACAGAUCCCGCUGAAUUUAACAAACUCGCGAACGGUCAAACCAUUCUAGCGAAGGAUGGAGGCGACGUGCAGGAAGAGAAGAAAGAUGUCAGCGAAAAACUCAAAGAUAAAAGUGAAAAAAUAAAAGAUUAUGACGGUGUAAAAUGCAACAGUGCGAAGGUAAGCCGCGAAGACAAGAAAGUGCGGGCGCCGAGCGAGAAACUCGAGGGCUUAUAGCAACGAGAAUCGUCCAAGUCCCUCAACGAUGUGGUGGCGGGGAGGAACAAUAAUUGCAUUAAGAAGAAAAGCUGCUCCUGCAAGCUGAAGGAACGUAAGCCGAUUAUAGUCUGAAACUAACGGUCGCAAGAAGCUAUCACUGCUAGGGAGGAAUUGAAUAAUUCCUCUGAGUUUUUGUGCUCGGGAACACUAUUAUAUCUCUGUGAACUUAGAGGAAUUAUUAGUUUCUGUAGGAUUUCGAUUAAAGAAUCACUAUUGCGUCUACAUUUCGUGCAACGCCUUCCAAAUUUAAAAUUUAUUAAUUAUUAUACUUAUUAACGAGCGACACGAACUGCAUUUAUUCCGAUUAUUAAAAGUAAAAUUAUCACUAAAAGUGUAGAGUGGAGUGUUAUUUGAUAUUUUACCAAUUUCCUAAAAAAGGAGGUUCUAUGUUCGGCCGUACGUACGUAUUUUUUCAUGUUUUAUUUCGUUAUGAAAGCGUGCUACGUCAACCAAAGUAAAGUUCACUUAAUGGUCCGGGUUUUUUAGCCUUAGGUAGUUACGGUUGAAGUAUCUUAAAAACACGCAAGGUGCGCUGGCAAUAUCUGGAGCUUUAAUUUUGGACGCUUAGGGUCCAUUUUACUAUAAUAUUGACAAUGUUUUAAUACUCGAAAACUUUGUAACCGCGCCUGUCAAGGGCACGCCUUUAAGUACUAGGUACAAGCUUUUACAAGGUAGGUAUCUCGAUUUCUAAUUUAAUAUUCUUUACAAAUCUAUAAUUUAAUCUAAAUCAUGUAUUUGGGCAGUUUUAUUACUAAAUUUUUAUACUGAGUUCAAAAAAAAUAUAUGAUACAACGAAUUUUUGUUUAAUUCGUGAUUAUUAUAAAUUACUUAAUCAAUUAAAUAAUCUGCUGAUUAAGUUAUUUAUAUGAAAAAGCACGAAUUUACUAAAAAUAUUGUAAAAUAUGAGUAUUUCGACAACACCGUUGUUCUGAAAGCUGGAUUGGUAAAACGUUAAUUUGGUCUGACCUACCAUAUUAUUAUAAGUAGGUAGGUAUAAUAUAUGUAGCCAACGAAUUUCGCACACUAUUUAGUUUUAGUUUGAAAAUGUGAAUAUCAAAGAAUGUAGCAACAUAAUAUAGAUAAGGUCUUUUGUAUAUAGUUAAGGAUUAUAAUGUACAUAUAAAACAAAAGACACAUAGUGAUAUUGUAUAUAAAGCGACUAACGAAUGUUUAUAUUGUGUUAUAUAAUACUGCGUUAUAUAUUUAUUUAUUGUUUUAUAAUAUAAUAGUUAUGUAGUGAAUGUACAAGGCGUGGCAUGUGAGCCAGGACAAGAAGAACCACGGCAAAGUAUAUGUAUGUGAUAUUAAAUCCCUUUCUUCUAACUAUUCUUCUCAACCUAUGACUUCGACUACGUAAUAUUAAGCCAACCUAUUAACUAGUAUUUACAUAGUUAUAAAUGUAAUUUUUAUAUAAUGUACCUAUGUAUAAUGUAUAUUGAUAAUAAUCAUAAAUAAAAAUCCUACUUUAAAUUAAAAUUGUUGAGUAAAACAUAUCAAAAAAAACUUCUUCCACUAAUAUUAUAUUUUAAGUUUUUGUUUGUCGUAUUAAUAUGCUUUUGUUAGACUUCAUGUAUGUCUUACUCGAAAAUUAGUUUAUGGUAAGGUCACACAUAAUAAUAUUUUAAUACCUUCUCAUUAGAUACUGUUAGAAGUUAGAUUGAACGUGUGUAAUAUUUUGUAUGUGUGAAUGUAAUAACUCGGGAUUUUUCAGGCUUACAAGUAUAUAGGUAUUAAUAACCAUUAACAUAUUUUAUUACAUAAUUAUGUUCUAAAAUGCACAUUUUAAAAUUCUAUAGGUUGUGUUAAUUUGUUGAUGAUUUUGGCACUGAAACAGGUAAUAUAAUUAUCCAAUAAUUAUUAUUAUACCUACUAUAAAUUUUCAUAAUUAUAUUACCUAUCAUCGUAAUUGUAAAUCUCCCUUAUAUUUUUGCAUAGCUACUAGCAUUAUGGUCUUAUUCAACUCAAUAAUAUGUCUUACCUCUAAUGAAAAAUAAAUAAUAAUAUAUUCCAAAACUUGCUCAUUCGGACCAGAUAUUUUCUAACAUAAAUUAAGAUUUUUUAAGUAUUUUUACAUACUUACAAUAAUAAAAUAAAUAUAUUAUAAUUAUACCAUAACUCAAAACGUGAAUGGUCAUAAUGUAAUAUAAAUAUACUCCU